UACUUCCUUGAAAAUUUCCAAACGGGAAUAUGCCUUAGUUAAUUGUCGAUUUUCUAUGUUAAAAAUGGUGAAAGAAAGGAAUAAUGUGCGACCGGGACAAGAACACGACGAAAAAACACAAACGGAAAACGUUGUGUAUUCUUCAGUGAUGAGGGUUGGAGAACACUCUGAAGUAGACGAUGAUGAAGAAAAAGAUUUGGGAAGUUUGAGUAUUGAUGACAUUAUCAACCACAUUGAACAACUCAAGAUCAAGGAUGAGAAAAAGGAAAUUUUUACAGCAAGAGGAAAAAUAAAAACACAUCAAAUAGAUGAGAGAUUGUAUCCGUACCAGAGUUCCCAGCUGGACAUACAGCUGUAUAAAGUUCAAACCUCCCAUCCAGAGUACAAGUUUCAACCAAAUGUUCAACAGCCAUACCAGAAAUAUGUACAACCCUCUAUUCAGCCAAGUUUCGUGCCAAAUUCGGUUAAAAAACAUAGUAACUAUGUUGCUGGGGUUGAUGAAAGAUGCCGAUUUUGGAUGAAGCCCAAAGAAGAAUUCCAAUACUUGCAAAAACAUGGCCAUCCCCUUCUCCCAGGAAAUGAUCAACAAAGUGGACAGUGGGAAGUUGAUGGCCGUGCCCGAAAGCUGACAAGUGCCAACAACAAUAAAUGUGUGAGAAAAGUUGCACCGAGGAGGAUAAGGAAACAAAAACAAGCGACAGAUUUGACAAUGUCUGAUGGUGUGGUAAUGACAUUUGCAGAUGAUGGGUGUCCCAAUGAAGACUUCACAGAUGGACUGACUCUUGAUCUGGAUGUGGACAGCUGUCAACGGGAAAUGCCUUUCUCCGAGACAGCCUGGGAAGAUGAUAUCCCAAAGUUGGAUUUCCGGCCACAAGAUCUCAUGGAAAUAUUUGAAAGUAGUCCGCAGAGUCACAUCUAUUCUAAAGGUGAUAAUCUUGGGUACUCUCCCUUGUCACCUCUAGAGACAAUAUCAAAUUAUCACCCAUCUCCAGGGCGCAUGGAUGAGGUGUACAAUCAGGACACCAAUGAUAAACCAUCCAGUCCGGAACAGAGUACAGAUGAGUGUGAGAUUCUAAACUCUUCAAAUCAUUCCAGCCCAUAUCCUCCAAGUCAGAGGGGCAUCUCUCCAGUGUUUCGUAACAGUAAUGUGACUGAUAUUGUAGUGUGUUCCCCAAAAGAGCUCUCUCCAGGGGAGAUAAAAAAGUUGGAGCAGAUAACAGAACACCUGAAUGACUCUUUCACUCUCCUGGACAACCAAACAUAUUUUGACUGGAUUUCCUGUGACAUAGAUGGAGACAGUGUGCUGCACUCUUGUAUGAUCGCUGAAACAAGCCCUCAGUUUAUCUUGUUAUUGAUCCAGUCACUCUGCUCUGAAGGAAUCCUAUCUUCUAUCAUAAACCUACAGAACCAGAUGUUAAGGACAGCUCUGUUCCUGGCCGUGACGGAGGAGAAGGAGGACGUUGUCCAAGCCCUCCUGGAUAAUAACGCUGACCCCAACAUACAGGGAAAGGUUUUGGGUAUAAAUGACAAUUAUGAACUGAGAUCACCACUCCACCUAGUGGCAGAAAAAGGAGACGAUUCAUUACAGAUGUUACAAAUUCUGCUUGACUGUGAUAAGACUCAAAUUGACUUGCGAAGUGAAAGUGAUCGAAGGACUGCCUUACACAUAGCCCUUUUAUCUCACUGUUUCCAAAAACCAGAGAAGAUAAAGGUUAAUUGUUCUAGGACCAUCCAGCUAUUGAUUCAGUAUAACGCUGAUGUAGAAUUAAUGGAAGACUGUAGUAGUAAGACCCCCAUAAUCAUGGCCAUUGAUACGCGGGACUAUAACCUUGUGAAAACUUUCAUUAAUUGUGUCGAAGAGGAAAAGGAAAAAGACAUGAUUCGUUGUAUCCUGGAGACUUGUACGCGUGCCGGUGAUACGCCUCUUCAUAUCGCAGCAGGGGCAAACAUUGUGAAGGAGGACAAGGUUAAACUGCUACGGUUACUUGUAAAUCGUGGAGCCAACACUCAUAUCGAAAACAACAUCAAACAAUUACCAGAGGACAUCGCUAGUCGUGAUCUGUGGAAAGCUGCAUUUAGGUGCUAAGGAUACUGACAAAGGAGUGACAAGAUGUGAGAUUCUGACAGACAAAGGAGUGACAAGAUUUGAGAUUCUGAGUGACAAAGGAGUGACAAGAUGUGAGAUUCUGACAGACAAAGGAGUGACAAGAUGUGAGAUUCUGACAGACAAAGGAGUGACAAGAUGUGAGAUUCUGACUGACAAAGGAGUGACAAGAUGUGAGAUUCUGACAGACAAAGGAGUGACAAGAUGUGAGAUUCUGACAGACAGUUACAAAACACUUUCAAAUCCUCCUCCAUAUUUAUGUAUUGCGGAGUUAUCUGCUCUUGUGAAUAGUUAUUAAUUGUUGUCAUUAGUUUGGAAUUGAAAAUUUCAUUGUUGGCGGAGUUGCACAUAGUGCAUAUCUGGGUUAUAGUAUGGUGAAUGUUGGGCGCGCUGGCGGGUGGGCAGGGAAAAGAGGUGUCAGUUUUGUAGAAUCAAAUCCUCCUAGAGUUUUUGACAUAGAAGCUUGAAAUUUUGUAGGCUGUUUUAAUAUAUGUUGUAGAUAUGAACCUCCUAUCAUGAAUUCAUUCCAGACAUUUUUCUGGAUUUUCUGGACUAUGGAACUUAGUCCUUUCCGAAGUUUGACAGGGAAAUGGGGUACCAGUUUUGUAGAAUCAACUCUUCCUGGAGUUUUUGACGUAGAAGCUUGAAACUUUGUAGGAUGUUUAUAUAUAAGCUGAAGAUGUACACCUAUUAUAUUAAGAAUUCUUUCCUAACGUUUUUUCUUGAUAUUCAAGGCUUUGGAACUUAGACAUUUUCCAAGAUGACCCCCUUAAUUGUCUUAUAAAUACCUUAUAACAUUGCACUCAUCCCGCAACCCGGCCAGUUGUGGCUUUGCCCCAUUUUUAUGUCAUUAGUUUGCAAUUGAAAAUUACAUUGUUUUUUCACAUAUUUAUGAUGUUACUUAAACAAAUACCAUAACAAUUAAUGUUUGCACACAAGAGCAGAUAACUCUGAAUUAUCAAAAGAUGGGACACUGUCCAGUAUUUACUGGAAAAUGUUGUUAUUUUUUAGGGGUCAAAUAUUUAGCAAUUUACGCAGAUUGAAAAAAAUUGCGAAAUAUUAAUUACUUAAAAUUUCAUUUAUAAUCGGUAACAUAGACCUGGAUUUUUUCUUUACUUUCAUGCUUUUUGUGAAAUCACAAUAAAUUUGAACUAUCAGACAUAGCACCUUUAACAACACUGCAAAUUCUGUAAUGAAACAGUAUUUCCCUGACUGGAAAAUUAUUCUUUUAAUGCUAGUUGUAAUUUAUUGGAACUGUGAAUCAUUUUCAGUCAUGGAAGAAUGUUCCCAGACAGUGGAGUGAAGUAUAAGUUGGAUUUGUAUAGGAAUUUGUGGAAUGUUGGAUUUGUAUAGGAAUUUGUGGAAUGUUGGAUUUGAAUAGAAAUCUGUGGAAUGUUGGAUUUGAAUAGGAAUCUGUGGAAUGUUGGAUUUGAAUAGGAAUCUGUGGAAUGUUGGAUUUGAAUAGGA